GGGGAAGAGGGUGCCAGAGCAGUCUUAAGGACCGUUGAUCCCUAGGGACAGAAUAGGGAGGGCUGAGAGGAGAUCUCCCUUUGAGGAGUGCUGCUAAGCACCUGUUGUGGGCCAGGCCUCCCAUCCUGGUGAGGAGAAGGCAAGGAAAGUUGAAGGAGUCUGAGGUGGGCUGCAUGUUCCCACCUCUGAGCCGCCUGUGAGGCCUUGGGUCUCCCCACCCAGCCCAGGUCCCACCUGCCCCUGGCCAGGCCCCCAGUGAAGGACUUUUGUGGGUCUCCAGCAUGGCUCUUGGGGAGCCUUUGUGGGUAUUUCAGGGCUCACUUGCAGGGCAGGCAGUGGCUUGCAAGCAUGGUUAACUAAGACCCACACCAGUACUUAUCCUGGAACUCAGUGCACACAAUUUACCCACCACGGGAAGUCUCCCACAGGACCUAGCGGUGCUCUGCUCUGCUGUGCACGUUAGUAUUGCAUCUCCCAUGUUAGCCUUCACUCACGCAGCUGUGGCCCACUUGCAUUAUCUCACAGCCCAUUAACCCGUUUGGAACCCUGGGAAAUGGGGCUGCUGUGAUGUUGGACAUGGUAAUCUCCAGUUUAAACACUAUCCCAAAGUGGCUGCACCCAUUUGCAGUCCCUCCAGCAGUGCAUGAGCAGUCUGGGCAAUAAUCCUCAGCAACACUUGGUAUCUGGGACGUUAGGUUUUGCCUGACAGGUGGUGUGGAGUGGAGCCUCGGUGUGAAUUAAAGCUGCAGUUCCUUGAGGACUGAUGGGGCUGAGCAGCUUCUGUGUUCAUUUGUUGCUGGGCUUGCGUCCUUGGGAUGUGUCCAUUCGUCCACAUUGCCUAUUUUCCCUCUUAGGUCAUCUGCUUUUCUCUCACUGAAUCACAGGAUGCGGCUCCCAGAGGAGGGAGAGGGGUCUGCUUUGGCCAAAGUAGAGGAAAUCAAAUGGAGACGUGGAUGAGUGUAUAAGGGAUCUGGCCAGAGUUGAGACACUGCUUGGCCAGGACUGGUGGGCUGGGUAUGCUCUGGGGCCUGGGCCACUGGGGAUGCUGCAGUCCUGCUGAAACUGGCAACCCCAGGCCACACUUGGACAGCAUCAUUUCCAUGUGAUGGCCCAUGGAAAAGGAGAGUCACUGGAUAAGUGUGGGCUGGUGGCUGGAGAGGUGGGAGAUGAGGCUGAGGGAAGGGGUAGGGAAGGUGCCAUGGUGCAGCUGGCAGGGCCCAUCCCUCAUCAAGCUCUUGCCUUCCUACUCAGCCUGUGGCUUCUCCUAUGAGCGGAACCCCACCCUCUGGGACCCAGAGGCCAUGGCUCGGUGGUGGCCUUGGAUGGUCAAUGUGCAGGCCAAUGGCACACAUAUCUGUGCGGGCACCCUCAUUGCCUCCCAGUGGGUACUGACUGUGGCCCACCGCCUGAUCCAAGUGUGGGUGGGGAGCCCGUGGAUGAACCAGACAGCUCAGACUACCUUCGACGUCCCUGCGCUCCUGGUCAUUGUGAACAGCCAGUACCAGUCCUGUCGGUACUGGUCCUGGGUUGGCUGGGCCAAUGACAUUGCCCUCCUCAAGCUUGAGUGGCCAGUCCAGUACAACAGGUAUGUCUGGCCCAUCUGCCUGCCUGGCCUGGAUGAGGUGAAGAACCACUCCAUCUGCACUGUGACAGGCUGGGGACUCCCCCUGGGCGUGUGGCCCCAGUUCCGGACCAUUCAGGAGAAGGAAGUCACUAUCCUCAACAGCACAGAACGUGACAACUUCUACCACAGGUUUGCCAGAAUCCUCUCUAUGGUUCGGAUCCUCAGCUCCCAGAUGAUCUGUGCAGAGGACUUCGAUGGGGAACAGUUCUGCUAGCGGGAGAUAAGCGGUGAGCCCUUGGCCGGUCCUGUGGAGGGCACACGGAACCUGGUGGGAAUGGUGAGCUGGGGCCCAGGAUGCCAGAAGAGUGAGGCCCCGCCCAUCUACCUGCAGAUCUCUUCCUACAAAUGCCGGAUCUGGGAGCAUAACAGUGGGCAGGCUGUGCUGGCCCCAUGCAGGGCCCUGCUCCUGGCACUCCCACUGUCCCUCAAGCUCCCUGCUGCCCUCUGACACUCUCAUGCUGUCCCUUGGGCAUCCUCCCCACCCUCCAUGCCCAGAAUGCUUCAGGUGCCCUACAAGGCAGGGCAGAGACUAGGUGCUCAGUUAAACACUUCUCUUCGGCACGCCUCCUCCUUCCUGGGCCUUGGAGGCCUCUCACUCCCUGGGCCUGCUCAGGUGGAAGGUGACAGAACUUGAUGGGUGGGAUGGGGGCUCCAGGCAGUUUAUACCGAAAAGAGCAAGGCAGCAGCAUCUGUGUCCAUCCUGCGGAAGGUGCUGGGAGCAUGUUGGGAUGGUACUGGGGUCCGAUGAUGGAGGGCCUGGAGUACACUGCCGAGGCUGAAGCUGGGGCUGCCUGGACACAGUGGGAGUUGGGGAGGGUGCAGCUCUGUCGCUUUUUGUGAUACUUUAGUGGGAGUCAGGCUCUCCUGGACUUUGACAUGUUUCCCUGCUGGCGGCUUGAACAUACCAUCAUUGCCCUGAAGCACCAUAUUGACCUUUGACCUCCCAGCCCUGCCUGGAGACUGGGGCAGGUGCCUACUAGGAUGGGACAUUAUCCCUACCAUCAGCAGCCAUCCCUGUGCAUAAAUGGCUAGUGGAGGCCCCAGGUCAGAGG